CCAUUUGUGCAGAAUGGCAGAAACACGCUCAUGAAGAAAAUAUUGUUUACUGCAUAUUGACCAAGAAAAUAACCUCAGUAUGUUCAAUAAGUUCGCUCCCUCUAACCAGGGACCGAUGAACCAAAACAUGGGUGGAAAUUUUGGUGGCCCAACCCCACUAAUGCAACAAAAUCCGCGAGCUCAGUUUGGUGCAGGGCCGGGGAUUCAACCUUUGAUGGGUCUAAAACCUGGCUUCGGAAACCGGGGUCCUGGUGGUCCGAUGAUGCCCUUUGGAGAGGCUCCCAUGGAUGAAAAAAACCCUUUGCCCGCUCCGGAUGAGCCUGAGCUUCAACCGAAAGAUGCCAGAGAAGAGUUUCAGUUGACGCAGCUUCAGCAGCAGGCAGCCCAGUGGACGAAACAGAAACUAAAGAUAGAAGAGCUUGAAGAGGACAGGGCUUUGAGACUGCUUGGCCCAGUCAAUAAAGAUCAGCUGGACCUCUUAACUUCAGAAGAAAAGAAGUUUGAAUCGCAAUAUGAAGAUUGGAAGAAACAGUUUGCAGAUUGGAAGGAACAAAAUAAGAAUCACCCAAACCAACAGCAGUACCUUCAGUAUGAGGCACAGUGGAAGGAAUAUGAAAAACAGAUGGAAGAAAAAAAGGUUGAGUUGGAAACGAGAAGGAAAAACAUGGAGAGAGCUUUCAAAGCACUAAAUCGGGCUCCACGUCCUCUGAUUGACCAAGGCGGACCUCCAUUCGGAGGCCCUGGACCAAACAUGGGUGGAGGUCCUAAUAUGGGAGGAGGACCUGGUCCAAACAUGGGUGGAGGCCCUGGACCAAACAUGGGAGGUGGUCCUAAUAUGGGAGGAGGGCCUGGUCCAAACAUGGGUGGAGGCCCUGGACCAAACAUGGGAGGAGGCCCUGGACCCAAUAUGAUGGGAGGGCCAGGACCCAAUAUGGGGGGACCCGUUGGACUUUUGGGUGAUGGCCCGGGAAGAGGUGGCUUUGGUGGUGGACGUGGAAUGGGCCGAGGUAACUUCGGAGGGCCAGACAACUUCAAUGGACCACCUGGUGGAUUUAAUAACAAUAGAGGAGGUGGACAUGGAGGAUUUGGUGGAAGAGGAGGUGGCAACUUUGGUCCCGAUGGACCAAAUAACCAAGGCAACUUUGAUGGGCCUGGUGGGCCAAACUUUGGUGGAAGAGGAGGUUUUGGGGGAGGUAAUCGUGGUGGAGGCGGCUUUGGUGGGCCAGACAACAACAGAUUUGAUGGGCCAGGUGGGCCAUUCAAUGAUGGACCUGGUGGGCCAGGAUUCAAUAAUGGACCUGGGUUCAACAACAGUGGCUUGAACAAUCAAGGUGGUUUCAACAAUGGACCUUUUAAUGAUGGCCCUGGUGGACCUGGUUUUAAUAACGGGCCUGGUAACCGUGGGUUCAAUGAUGGGCCUGGAAAUUUCGGAAAUCGAUUCAUGGAUGGGCCUGGAUUCAACAAUGGUCCUGGAAACAUGGGUAAUCGCUUUGAUGGGCCAGGUGGACCUUUCAAUGAUGGGCCUGGAAACCAGGGGUUCAAUAAUGGACCUGGUGGAUUUAACAAUGGCCCGAAUAAUCAAGGGAACUUCAAUGAUGGACCUGGAGGACCUGGUUUCAACAAUGGACCCAAUAAUCAAGGAUUCAAUGAUGGCCCUAAUAACCAAGGAUUUGGCAGACCAGGCUUCAAUAAUGGUCCUGGAGGGCCUGGGUUCAACAACAACAGGCGUGGUAGUGGACCUGGAUUCAAUGAUGGACCUGGAUUCAAUAACAAUGGACCUGGUGGGCCUGGGUUUAAUGAUGGAGGAGGGGGUCCAGGAUUUGAUGGACCACCAAGACCCAGUUCGAAUGCUGGUUCUAACUUCAGUGAUGGCUCAGAGGUUCCUGGGUCACAUCGUGGGGGCUUCAAUAGAGGGCGAGGUGGAAAUAGAGGAGGACGGAACCGUGGGUUUGGUAGGAAAGGAUCUGACAACCAGAAUGAAUUUGAUUUUAAUGGUCCUGGUGGGCCACAAAAUGAAACAGAAAUGGAUGAACCUGGUCCGCCUGGCGCGUCGGGUGAGAUGGAUACCAACAAUCAGGGUGGAUCCAAGCGAGGGGGAACUGUGGGCAAAAAAACUGAUAGUUCCGGUGACAAUAAAGAUGAUGGCCCACCUGGAGUUUCAAACAGCGGAUCUGACAAUAAAGAUCUGAAAGAUAUCAUCGAUAACAUUAAGAAGCAACAGUCUGAGAAGAAGGAAGCGUCGAAAGUGUCAGACCUGCUGCCUCCUGGGGUUGAUCCAGAGGAGUUCGAGAAAGAGGGUAAAGAAGAAAGUAAUAUAUCCAAGAAAGAUGAAGAUGGAAAAGAUGUACCAGGAGAUAGAAAGACUAAUAUGCAAGCAAAGCGAGGCCUUGCAUUCCUGCUGCAGAGUAACAUGAUUGAGGAUGUGCAGGUACCAGAGAGUCCAGAAGCUCCACCGAAAAAGGGGAAGCGAGGUCGUGGAGGUCGGCAAGGAAAUAAUAACAAUGAUGACCAAGGAGGGAACAACAAUGAUGGACCUGGAUUUGGGGGAGCUGCCAAGCGAUUUAGUAGCACGAUAAAUGAUGGACCCCCUGGAUGUGAUGGGCCUCCACCUAAUUUUGGUGGUCCUGGAGGACCACCUGGACCUCGUGGUCAAGGGCCCAUGCAGGGUGGCCCUCGAGGGCCAGGGCCAAUGCAAGGUGGACCUGGUGGUCCAAGGCCUAUGAUGGGCGGGCCGAGUGGACCAGGUCCUAUGAUGGGUGGGCCUAGGCCAAUGAUGGGCGGUCCUGGUGGACCAAUGAUGGGUGGACCGGGACCAAUGAUGGGAGGACCAGGGCCAAUGAUGGGUGGACCAGGAUUUGGUGGACCUCCUGGCUUCAUACCUCCAAUGUCCCAGGGUUUCCCGGUGUCAGUGGGGAAUGUGCCUGUGGGGAAUGUUCCAGUUUCUGGUGGGUAUAUGCCCCCAACCAGCCAGAGUAAGGGUCCACCAGCAUCGAAGGAGGAGAAAAUACUGCCCUUACUCCUUAGUCUUGUUAACUAUAAGUCUUCGGAUGAAGUGAAACCCAAGAUAUAUCCUAAAAGGCCAUCUCUUCCGACCAAGACGCCAAUCCCUGCCAAAAAAGAAACAGUCAAAGCAGCUGAAGAUAAGAAAGAUGAUACGUCUGCUCAAGAGACCAAAAAGAGUACAACAGGUGUGAAAGGUGCAGAAUUGGGCGAGGAGCUCAAACUUCUAAAAGAACAGGUGAAGAAAAUUGAUGAAGCGAAAAAGGUGGCGGAAUUAUCCAAAAAGAUCUCGAAAGCGACUCCUAAACCGCAGCCUCCAGAAAAGAAGGAGGAGAAAAAGAAGAAACCAGAUAAUAAUAAAAAAGAUGUGAAGAAAAGUUCAGAGUCAGAUCGUCGCAAAGAUGAUCGGGAUCGCGACCGCAAAUAUGGUGGACGGAGAAGUCGCAGUCGUAGUCGCGAUCGUGGUCUCAGUCGUGAACUCAGUCGAGAUCGGGAUCGAGGUAGGAGAGAUGAUCGACGAGACAGGAGUCGGGGUGGGAGAAGUCGCUCACCACGGCCAGUCGACCGUGACCGUGGCCGACAGGACUCCCGAUUCUAUGAUCAACGUGACAGACAAGCAGAACGCCAGCUGCCAUAUCAAUAUGACUACUCACAGGAGGAGAAAGAAGAAGCCGAGAGGGUGGAGCGAGAGAGGUUAGAGAGAUUGGAAAGGGAGAGAGCAGAGAAGGCAAGGAGCUUGGUACCAUACGCUGAAGAGGAUGACAGGCUGGAUGAUGACCGUAUUAGAUCAAGAGAUCCUUAUCCUGGGAUGCCUCCACCACCUGACAGUUAUGGUAGUCGUUGGCCUGAUAGACGGGACCCUUAUGAUGAUCGCUUGCCUCCACGCCCAGACGAUCGGCUGCAACCCCUGCGGCCCGACGACCGCCUGCCACCCUUGCGGACCGACGAUCGCCUGCCACCUCUACGGCCUGAUGACCGCCUGCCAUCUCUACGGCCCGAUGAUCGCCUACCACCUCUACGGCCCGAUGAUCGCCUGCCACCUCUACGGCCCGACGAUCGCCUGCCACCUCUACGUCCGGAUGAUCGAGCACUAUCCCUGCGUCCACCAUUCCCAGACCCGAGAGAUCCUUACGGGCCUCCUGUGCUGGAUCCGUACAGACGAGACCCUUACGCAGACCCGUACCGAGAUCCCUACAGAGACCCCUGGAGGGACGCUGUGCCAACGCCAUAUGGGGAGAGGCGAAGAUAUGAAACCGAGUACCCGAUGCCCAGGGGAUACCCUGAACCACCAUCGCGUUCCGAAGCUUUCGACUAUGGUCAUGGGGGUCCAAAGCCAGACUCGCAACCAUCACAGCCGCAGGUGUUUGAUUACAGCCAUGGAGCAAGUGACAAGGCAAACCCACCAUCAUCUGAACCAAGUUCAAUGUACAGAGAACCAGAUAGAUAUGGUGGUGACGGCUACCGAGACCAUUUUGACAGAGGUGGCCCGCAGCCAGUCCCUGCCCCCUCACCCGUUCCUCCACCUACCAGCCACUACGACGAACUCGACCGCCGUCUUGCUCAAUACUCAGAAACAUACGGACGUGGAACGCCGCCUCAGCGUGAGAGAGAGGCUCCGGCACGAACUGAGACCUUCAAUAUCAUCGAUCUUUUAGAGAGGCCGGGCAGGAUGCGUCGACCCCAGCAGAUAGUCGUUAUCAUAAGAGGACCUCCAGGUGCUGGAAAAACUUAUGUCAGCAAACUUAUGAGGGAGAAGGAGGUAGCCAAUGGAGGCAGUGCCCCGAGGAUGCUGUGCCUGGAUGAUUACUUCAUGGUGGAGAGCGAGAAGAUGGUCAUGGACCCUGAGGUCGGUCGUAUGGUCAAGAGAAGAGUUAUCGACUAUGAGUUCGAGCCAGCGCUGGAGGAGCCCUACCGCCAGAGUAUGUUGAAGUCCUUCAAGAAGACGGUCGAUGAUGGAUAUUUCUCUUUCAUCAUUGUGGAUGCCAUAAACGACAAAAUUAAGAAGUUUGAAGAAUUCUGGAGCUAUGCCAAGUCGAAGGGUUUCCAGGUCUAUAUUGCUGAGGUCCAUGCCGAAGCUGGUACCUGUGCAAAGAGGAACACACAUAACCGUAGCUUUAAUGAGAUUCAGAAGGUUAUUGAUGGAUGGGAAACACUGCCUAGUCACUUCCUUGGUCUGGAUAUUAGGCCGAUACUCCAGGAUGCUGCCAUUACUGAGGUUGAAAUGGAAGACUUCAAUGAUGAUGAUGAUGUGCCGCGUGGACGACCACGACAAGAAGAGGAGGAGGAGGAGGAAGACUUCAGCGGCUUCAUGAAGAGCAAGUGGGAGUUGGAUACAUCAGAACAGACACUUGACAAACUGGAUGGGUUAUUCCUAGGGAAGCGCCAUCAUGACUCGACAACGAGGAUGGAGGAUUACCUGCAGUUAACAGAUGAUUACGCAUACAGGAAAUCAUGCCCCGGACAGAAACGAGUCCGUUGGGCUGAUAUCGAAGAACGUAAUAACCAACAGCGCAUGAGAGAGGUUGGCUUCGUUGUUGGUCAAACUAACUGGGACAGAAUGACGGAUAGCUCAUACGCUGAGAGAGCUCUCAACAGGACCAAGUAUAUUUGAGUUUGUCACGCUGGAAAGGUUUAGAAAUCACUGCGGUCUUACGCAACUGCCAUGACUUUAGACAACGGCUGCAUUGAUAGGAACAUUCAAAAUGGCUGCUAGUGCUAUGUCGUGCCAAGCUCCGCUCCGUGGCUAUUUCCUGAGCCUUCCAGUCGUCGAACAACAUCACUGUGGUCAGAUCAAAAGUAACAAUCAUGGAUACACUUAAUGAACAUUUUGUCUUCAGAUUACAGUUCAUGGACACUAGACAUUUUCACAUCAAAACGGACAUUACUGUAAUAGGGAAGCAUGGGGCUUAGUUUUCUUCUACUGAUGCUUCACUACUCCUUACUUGGAUAGUAUAGUGGUUAUUCAUAUUUGAACGGUGUUCUUAGAAAUCCUGCAUUUUGAUUCCUUGACUCCGGUUUUGCACUGCUUUUCCUUGAUAGUAAAGUAUUGAAAAUCUGACCAGAUUUGGGGUCAUGCAGGUUUAAUGGCAUACUGUACAGGUGCUUUUUAUCUCUCCUUACUCAUCAUUACUUUUUAAGGUGAUUGAUGUCUUUAGAUUUUUAACAUAAAUGAAAUAGUGUUGUAAUUGAUGGCGAAGUGCAAGGAAGAAGUGUUGCAGUGAACACAAUCCAAUUAAGCCUUGAAAUAAAUUGUCGAAAUGAUGAACCCAAGACUAUCAUCUACUGACAGAGACCAAAAACAUCUGAAAGUCAACGCAACGCCCCAUCCCUGCCUGCCUACAAUCAGGUUAGCUACCAGACCACCGGUAUCUUACCAUACUAAUUACAUAGAUAUUGCACAAUUUAUGUGUUCCUCCUAUUCAACCCGGCAGUAAAUUCAAACCGAUAUGUUUAGAUAACCCUUCCCUCAAUUAAAAAAUCAUUUAUCAAAUAAAGAAGUUCUCAUCUGUGUUUUCGCAAAUUGUCGGAAGGCAAAGGGAGGUGGAAUGUUACCUGAAACAUUUUUAUGAGAAGACAGUUGUGAAAGUCUAUUUGUUGAGCCGUAAAUCACGGGAGAGUGCUACAUGUAAAUAUCAAUGUAGGUUUCUUGAGGCAUGUAAUGAAUACCUUUAUGAAGUUUAGAUUUCUAAGUAGGUGUUGUUUGUGCAAUAAUUGCCUUUGGUUGUCAGUAUUAUUGCAUUUAGAAUGUGAUUAAUGUGACCCUGGCGGACUGGCCUCAUCAGUUUGAGAGGCUGUUGAUACUGCCCAAUCUCAUCAUCACGAUUAUAUUGAUCAUGUUGGUCUUAUCAGCUGUUAAACUGUCAACGCUUAAACGAGAGUUUACACAAGCCUGCAUUAAGAUUCCUGCAAGACGUUAUUAUUCACACCGAUCUAAAUGUGUUUGGGUUACCCGUGGAAAUGUUAUUGGGUGUUCAGAUUUUAGGUGACAGAAUCAUCAUGAUGAGGUGGAUGUUUUAUAGACGUUUAAAUGUUGAAAGACACUGCCAUAUUUUUUUGGGGCGCAUAGCCCACCAAAAAAUAAGAGCAUAACUAUCAGAAGUUAUCAUUGCACUGUAGGUAUGAUAUGUAGGCCUACUCAGUAUUCAGUCGGUACACACAUCCGAUUGUUUGAGGAUGUUGAGCCAACAUGGAUGCCAUGCUUUUAAAUCAUGCGAAAGUGUUUGUUUUCAUUCCUUGCUGAAGAUGGUCACAAAGAUUGUUUUCACCCAUGAAAGUGUAUUUGAGUUUAAAAGUUGGAAUUACUACCAGUCCAGUAACUGUUUUUGCCUGUCAGAUAUAUUUUCGAAAUUAUGACCAUAAUUAACAAGAAAAGUGCCCUAUCUAUUUGCCCUUCCACUUUUUGCUCCAUUGUUAUGGAUAAAAUUAUAAUGAGUUGUCUUGAAAUGUUUACUUGAACUUGACAUUUAUUACCCAAUUAAGAUUUCUGUGUAGAAGAGGAUCAUUUUGAGUUCUAAUUAAACCACAUGAAGAUAAUGAUCACCUCACUAAUAUUCCUAGUUUGGACCUGUUAUGAGCCAUCCAGCACUAAAAGAGAUGCAGAUACAGUGUAUUAUCUCAAAUUUUUAUUUCAACAGUUCUUUAUUUGGCUUGUAAUUGUUCAUGGCAUAGAAUAGUCCAUGUCAUAUGAUGGCUGAUGUGUGUGGGCUGAAGUUCAGCUCUGUGGUUUUACUAGAAAAUUUAAGUUACUAGGUCCAAGAAUAUCAUUGUAAAGUGAUGUCUUCUAGUGAUAUAUUCAGUUAAAUGUGCAUUUAAAAUGUACAAAAUAUUGUACUUACUCAUGGCUGUCGUAAUAAAAUCAAUUUUAAGAUA